AUGGUGGGGACGGUCGAUGGCGGUGUCAAGGAACGGAGGAAGAAGGUGUCGGGAGAGCAGAAGAGGUUCAUCGGAGUGCGGCAGAGGCCGUCUGGAAGGUGGGUGGCCGAGAUCAAGGACUCCUUGCAGAAGGUCAGGCUGUGGCUGGGAACGUUCGACACGGCGGAGGACGCGGCACGCGCAUAUGACCAAGCUGCCCGAACCCUCCGUGGAGAAAAUGCACGCACCAACUUCGAUUCCACCAUUACCACCUCUGGAGCUGGAGCUGGAGCCAGCGAUGCCACGGGGGGGCAUGACCGCCCCUUGGAGAACAUGCCACCCUUCUCGUUCGAGGAUCACGGUGGUGAGUCAGCAGUAGCAGCGGCUGAGGGGCUCGUCGGCGCCCUGCAGGCAAAGCUGCUCGACGAGAAGCUAGCAAAAGCUCUCGGUGCCAGGCUAAUAUUAUUGCAUGCCGCCCGGAAAAGAGAAGCCGCCAUGCCCAAUCAUGGUCAUGGAGGGUGGCCGACAUCAUCUACGGGCCUGAAGGCUACGAUGGCGGCGAGGCCCUUAAACGGACGGACCGCGAGCCUUUUCCUCUCCUCCAGCAUCCUGGAUUGCCCCGGUUCUUCCGGUUCCAGCACUUCCGAUGUGUUCGGCGCCAGUACUGAGGCGCCCUUGUUCCUCUCGUCCAGCAUCCAGGAUGGUCCCGGUUCCUUCAGUUCCAGCUCCUCUGGUGUGUUUAGCAUUAGCACCGGCUCUAGUACUACACCCGUGGGUGGCAUGUCACAAUCUUUUGAUCCAUGCUUGGGUCCGCAAUCCUCCCCCAGGGGGAAGUUGGAAGCAGCUGCAAGUGCGAGCACGGAUCAGCCGGAUGGCGGGGCGUUUGCAGUGGCGCAGGGUUUUGGGCCCUCCAGCAUUAUUUCUUUCCUAACUUUGGCGGAGGAUAAGGCGAGUGCCCAGGGUCCCCGGGAUCACCAACAAUGA